GAGAGAGAGGCUGCGGAUCCGUCCCCUCCGCUCCGCCCCCUCCUCCGCCUCCUCCUGCGCCGUCGCGGCCGCCGCCGAGGCCCCGGGGAGGGAACCGCGUCCCCGCCCGCCGCGCCUCCAGUGCGACCUCGGUCCCGCCGCGCGAGGAGCCAGCCGAGCGGAGCUGUGCGCGGAGGCCGAGCGCGGCCGCCCGUCCGCAGGUGCCGGUCCCCAGCCCGCCGGCCGCGCGCUCGCUCCCCACUCCCGAGGGGCGGCCCGGCCUCAGCAUGAACCGCGGCCACCGGCACGGGGCGGGUAGCGGCUGCCUGGGCACCAUGGAGGUGAAGAGCAAGUUUGGAGCUGAAUUCCGUCGGUUUUCACUGGAAAGAUCAAAACCUGGAAAAUUUGAGGAGUUUUAUGGAUUGCUGCAACACGUUCAUAAGAUACCCAAUGUCGACGUUUUGGUGGGCUAUGCUGACAUCCAUGGAGACUUACUGCCCAUCAAUAAUGACGAUAAUUAUCACAAAGCUGUUUCAACAGCCAAUCCACUGCUUAGGAUUUUUAUACAAAAAAAGGAAGAAGCAGACUACAGUGCCUUUGGUACAGACACACUAAUAAAGAAGAAGAAUGUUUUAACCAAUGUAUUGCGUCCUGACAACCAUAGGAAAAAGCCACAUAUAGUCAUUAGUCUGCCUCAAGACUUCAGGCCUGUGUCUUCUAUCAUAGACGUGGACAUUCUCCCAGAAACGCAUCGCAGGGUCCGUCUAUACAAAUACGGCACUGAGAAGCCCCUCGGAUUCUAUAUCCGGGACGGCUCCAGUGUCAGGGUGACACCACACGGCUUAGAGAAGGUCCCAGGGAUCUUUAUAUCCAGACUCGUCCCAGGAGGUCUGGCUCAGAGCACAGGACUGUUAGCUGUUAAUGAUGAGGUUUUGGAAGUUAAUGGCAUAGAAGUUUCCGGAAAGAGUCUGGAUCAAGUAACAGACAUGAUGAUUGCAAACAGCCGCAACCUCAUCAUCACAGUGAGACCGGCGAACCAGAGGAAUAACGUUGUGAGGAACAGUCGGACUUCCGGCAGCUCGGGCCAGUCUACCGAUAACAGCCUUCUCGGCUGCCCACAGCAGAUGGAACCAAGCCUGGAGCCAGAGGAGGAAGACAGCGAUGACGAGGACAUCGUCAUUGAAGAUAACGGGGUGCCACAGCAGAUUCCCAGAGCUGUUCCCAAUACCGAGAGCCUGGAAUCAUUAACACAAAUAGAACUCAAUUUUGAGUCUGGACAGAAUGGUUUCCUUCCUUCUAACGAAGUAAGCUUAGCACCUGUAGCAAGUGGCCCAAGUACAGAAUUUGAAACUCGUGCUCCAGAUCAGAAGCUCCUAGAAGAAGAUGGAACAAUUAUAACACUAUGAAACGGUUGUUCGGAUGUUUUCCGAGUGAGGAUGCUGUGGGGACUUGUAAAUUUGGCUAAAGCAUAUAUACCUCUGAACCAGUAACCUGGAAUAGGCAUGAGAAAAAUAAUAUUGCAAGCUUAAAAUGUUAUUAAAAUAGUAUUUGGUAAUUGUUAAUAUAAACUUUGGUGGGUCAGAGGUGAAUUUAAGUCUAAACAAAGGGGCCUUGGCUGAUGAAGGGAUGUGCUUUGCUCUGCGUCUGCGGAGGCCUGGGUGUCGAGCACGCUCUCAGAACCGCGAGAGAGGGCCGGUCCUUUCUGUCUGAAGUGGUUGCGUGUUUAACCUGCUGUGCAGGGCCCAGUUAGUUUUUCCUUUAACUGUACUUUUUAAAAUUCUAAUGUGAAGAAGUCUGACUCUAUCUUUUGGUACCUUGGGGACCUCAGCUCCUAUGUUCCCUGUAUUUUGUUCUGAUUCCUUAAUGUUGUUCCUCUGUUGCUAAUUAAGUAAUUUUUUCAAAUGCUUUUUUCUCUAAUUUCUAAGAAAUCAAACCAGUUGACUGUUCUAGGAGUUGCUUCCUAUGUCGUAAAGCGUUGAAGCUCUGUUCCUGGAUUAAGACUCUGUAACAGUUGUUGGAGUUCGCGUGUGUCCCUCUUAGAGCUUUCAUAUUUACACACUCAUUCCACGUGCGUGUAACUGAUGUUGUGGACGGCAGUUCCAUCGACUCUGGUCACGUGGGAGACUCUCCCCAACCUCUUCUUGUCCUCGUUCCCACUCUCAGUGGAAAUCCUUCCUUUUGUUGUUGGUGUGUGCAUUUUGUUGGUGUGCGUUCAUAGUCUUUUUAAUGUAUUCGAGUAGCGCGAAUCAUUUUGGACAAAAAAUGCACCCAAAUUAAGAGACUUUGACACACAGGACAAACUUGUGCACUUUUUAUAUGAAAAAUUUGGGUUUUCCUUAGUGAGAUUUCUAGGAACACUGUCUACACUUUAUGAAAAAUACUAAGUAUUCACCUUGGACAGGUAGAGUUUAUCGCUAUUAAUUUGAAGAGGCUAUUUAUUACUUUCCAGUGCAUCCACUUAGAACGAGUUGAGAGUGAGGCUGCUUUCACUCCUUGCCUGGCUUCAUUGUACGACGUGCACAAGCACGGCAGGAUGCUUGUAUAUAGAACUAAGGAGAGUAUGGAGUACCUAAGUUCCCACUGGCUUAUGGGUAUUUCUCUCGGUUAUUUAUUGAUGAAGUUUAUGGUGGGGCUAGGAUGGGUACUUUUAUAACAAUUGUAUGCUGUUAAAACAAUGAAGAAUCAAAUGACUCCGUUUUGAAGGAUAUUUUCUCUCUAUGGUAAAAAUAUAUGAAGCAGUCAAGUGGACUAAGUGCAGAUCGCUUGACUCAGAACACUUACAUGUAUUUUGUUCACGUUACCGCUAAACAUAUUAUCGCUAAACUCUUAACCGCACAUUCUGGAAUACAUGGUACUUUUUGUUGAAUUCACCGAAGUUCUCCCACGGAUAUACCACUGUCUUUUAACAGCAUUCCAGCUUUAACAUUCUGUGAGUUUUAUAAAUUUGACUCUUGAAUGGCAAAAUAAUGUUACUCUGUAGAAGGUUUAAUCUCAUUUAUAUUAUAAGCGGUGCAGGGGUUCAACAUUUUAAGUAAAAAUACUUUCACACACUACCUCUCUCUCUCUCUCUUUUUUUUUUUUAACAAAGUUUUAACAUCAGAACUUUUGGGGAGGGGAAACACUUCAGGGCUUGACUUUUUGUACAAAUUUUAACUGUAAAAUACAGAUCUGUCUUGUAUGUAUUCAUGAAAAUGGAAAUCAGAGCUGCUAGUGCGUUUUGUUUUAAUUAUCCUGCUAAGGGUAUAUGUCAACGGUGUUUUCAACUAGAUCUCUCCUUUAAAUUAUUGCUAAAAUGAUUGAUUACUAGACGUAUUGUAAAACCAAUAGAUCUUGGUUAUACAAUAAAAUGUCAAUUCCUUGGUAGUCUGAAUCAGUUAUUUCAAGUGUUCCUUAUUAACAACAGUAUCAGUGGGUUCAGCAUAAGAUUUUAUAGUACUCAAUGUCAGGCCUAACUGUGAAUUUUGUUCUGUAUCUUAAGUAAAUUUAUGAUAAUGUUCUCAUGAGCUAUCAACAAAAUAUAUGUACUUUUGUGAACUAUGAAUUUUCUAAUUAAAUUUUACAUGCGACAACAUGA